GGGCGAUCUGGCCGAGUGCGAGAAGCGGCGCUACAGGAACAUCAAGCAGAACCACGCCGUCAUGCUGAACCUCGGGAUGAACCCGGCCCAGCCCGAGUUCAUGCGAGCACGCGGCAAGCGCAGGGCGAGGGGGAAUGGAGCGGAGUGCGGGCGGUCGAGCGACUCCGACGAGGAAUGGACGAGGAGGAGGAAGACGAAGGAGGUGGCGGUGCACGGAGGACGAAGAGGCGGAGGAGGCAAACGAGGAGGCAAGGGGGCUGCUUCACGCUGGGCUACCGUGGGAGAGUCGCACGCGAGGGCAGCUCCCAGCAAGCGCAAGACUAAAGCGGAAGCCCUGGAGUACGUGUGGAGCAUCUUGCAGGGCGUGGAGGAGGAGCAGCAGCAGGAGGAGGAGUUCAGGGGAUUUGAGCUGAGGGAGGUGCACAAGGCCAGGAUGGCGAUGUUCAGGCUGGAGCGCAGAGCCACCGCCUGCAAGGAGGCCCUGAGGGUGGUGCUCCAGAGGAUACGUGGAGGCUCCUCCGUGCCGCCGGCCUCCUCCGCCCAGGCUGCGGCGGUGUCGCUCAGCGCUCGCUCUCGCUACGGCCUGCGGCAGCGCGAGAGGAAAGUCUACACAGAGGUGGAGGAGCCCCAGGACGACGACUUCUUCUUCUGCGAGCUGUGCAGGGAUUUCUACCUGGGGGAGUGCUCCGUGCACGGCCCGCCAGAGUUCAUCGCGGACGCGGCCGUGGCCCCGGGAGUGGCCGACAGGGCCCGGCUCAGCCUGCCCCAGGGCCUCACCGUCGGCGCCUCCUCCAUCGCCGGCGCCGGCCUCGGGGUGUGGAGCAACAGGAAGAAGCUGCCCAAGGGGGUGAUGUUUGGGCCCUACCAGGGAGAGGUGUCUGAGGAGAACCCCGUGAGCGAGUACUGCUGGCUGAUUUACAAAAACAAAAAGGAUCGUGAAUAUGUUGAUGCUCAGGAUGAAUCUAAAUCAAACUGGAUGAGGUUCGUCAACUGCGCGAGGAAUGAGCAGGAGCAGAACCUGGUGGCCUUCCAGCACCGGGGGCAGAUUUACUACCGCACGUUCCGUGCCGUGGGGCCUGGCUCUGAGCUGCUGGUCUGGUACGGCGAGGAGUUCGCCCAGGAGCUGGGCAUCGCCUGCGAGGCCGGGCCCUCGCGACGCCGCAGCAGCAGCAGCAGCAGCGAGUUGGCUCCCAGGGCCACCGCCAGAGACCGGCAGCCCGUGCAGCCUCCACCAAGCGAGGAACACUGUGAGCACCGCUCACCAGAGACUCACCACUGCUCACCAGACUAUAGCCACCACUCACCAGAGAUGAUAGCCACCGUGGAGUGGGUGUGGAGCACAGACCGCAAGAGUAGCUUGAAGAUACACCAGAGAACACACACGGGAGAGAAACCGUUCAAGUGCACCGUGUGUGAGAAGGCGUUUGCACAAAUACCAGAUCUUCACAGGCACCAGAGAACACACACGGGAGAGAAGCCGUUCAAGUGCACCGUGUGUGAGAAGGCGUUUGCACAACUACCACAUCUUCACAGGCACCAGAGAACACACACGGGAGAGAAGCCGUUCAAGUGCACCGUGUGUGAGAAGGCGUUUGCACGGCUAUCAACUCUUCACAGCCACCAGAGAACACACACGGGAGAGAAGCCGUUCAAGUGCACCGUGUGUGAGAAGGCGUUUGCACAACCACCAGAUCUUCACAGGCACCAGAGAACACACACGGGAGAGAAGCCGUUCAAGUGCACCGUGUGUGAGAAGGCGUUUGCACGGCUAUCAACUCUUCACAGCCACCAGAGAACACACACGGGAGAGAAGCCGUUCAAGUGCACCGUGUGUGAGAAGGCGUUUGAACGGCCAUCAACACUUCACAGGCACCAGAGAACACACACCGGCCAGAAUGCAUUUUCUCAUCCACGUGGAAACAGAAAAGUCAGCCAUCCUGAGCACAAAGCGCACAGCGCCGAGCUGUGAAUUAGUUUCCAACAACAGGCCACGUGAUUAGCCGAGGCUGUGCCACUCUUGAAACUGAUUUUGAAUGUGAGCACGGAAACCUACGGAAUCCUCCUACACCUGCCUCACACCCUGUGGGGGGCGGGAGAUUAAACCGACCCGGCCACCCCUUGAUUGCAAGUGCGGAGUUCUCGGUCCCAACCACUGCACGUCCCCACCCCCCCACCCCCACCACCUGGGGGUCCCUGUGUGUGUGAGUGCGCAGAGUCCCCCGUGCAGAGCUGCACUGUUGUCACCCUAGAGGGGGGCACCGCAGGGCGAUCCACCGACAGAUACCCCAGUCUGCACGUCCCCCGCCGGUCUCCGUGAGCACCGCGUGCCGUCUCGUAGCCCUGCCCCGUGCGACGUACGGGGCAGGGCUACGCGGGUACAGUGUGUACAGUACGUACAGUGCGUACCCAUCCAGCGCUAGGCCGAACCGCUGCCGAUGACGAAGGUGGCGUCCGCUCACGAAUCUCCGUGCACUCAGUCCCGUAGCCCCGAGCCAUCGUUUGCGCGAUAUUCACUUUGCUGCUGAGAGGAAAGCUGCGGGGAGGCGGUGGGGGGUGGGGGGGUGGUAGGAGAGGACAUCUGUGGAACGGCUGGAGAUCUGCGGAGAAGAGCUUCACAGCUCAUCGGAUUCCUGCGGUCUGAAAAAAAAUAUUUUGAGAUGG